AGACUUUGAUAAGAUCUGGCGUGAGCACUGUGAGGAUGAGGAGACACUGAGCGAAUACGCUGUGGCAAUGAAAAACUUGGCAGAUAAUCACUGGGCCAAAACUUGUGAAGGGGAAGGCCGAAUUGAAUGGUGCUGCAGUGUAUGUCGUGAAUAUUUUCAGAAUGGUGGAAAAAGAAAAGCACUCGAAAAAGAUGAAAAAAGAGCACUUCUUGCUUCUAAGACCACUCCAGCCUUAAGUGUUUCCCAGGCUCCCAAGAUUGAAGAACCUUUGCCAACAUUUAGCCUGACAAAUCAUGAAGCUGUAACGGAGGAAUUGCUCCACUCCUUGGGAAAGAUCAGAUUACUCGAUGUUGGUAGCUGCUUUAAUCCAUUUCUGAAGUUUGAAGAAUUUCUGACAGUUGGCAUAGAUAUUGUUCCAGCUGUUGAGAGUGUAUACAAAUGUGACUUCUUAAAUCUUCAAAUUCAGCAACCUCUCCAACUGGCACAAGAUGCUAUAGAUGCCUUUCUUAAGCAACUGAAAAAUCCCAUUGAUUCUCUACCCGGAGAACUGUUCCACGUCGUCGUUUUUUCCCUCCUCCUUUCUUACUUCCCAUCGCCCUAUCAACGAUGGAUAUGCUGCAAGAAGGCCCAUGAACUUCUCGUAUUAAAUGGCUUAUUGCUCGUAAUCACUCCUGACUCAUCCCACCAGAAUCGCCGUGCAAUGAUGAUGAAAAGCUGGAAAAUUGCCAUAGAAUCGUUGGGCUUUAAACGCUUCAAGUAUUCUAAGUUUUCUCAUAUGCAUCUGAUGGCAUUUAGGAAAACCUCCCUGCAAACAACAAGUGACUUAGUUAGCAGGAACUACCCAGGAAUGUUGUAUAUCCCACAGGAUUUCAACAGCAUAGAAGAGGAGGAGUAUUCCAACACUUCCUGCUAUGUCCGGUCGGAUACAGAAGAUGAGCAGCUCGCUUACGGAUUUACGGAGCUGCCCGAUGCUCCGUACGACUCGGACUCUGGAGAAAGCCAAUCUAGUUCCAUCCCUUUUUAUGAGCUGGAAGACCCUAUAUUGCUUCUAAGUUAGUGUAGUAGUUGAAAAGCCCUUUCAGUCGAGCCUCUUGCUUAACUAAUUUUGCUGUACUAACAAACAUGGGCUCAACACACAAAAACGGUCUGCAUAAAGAUGCAAAGGUUUACAGAGUUUGCUAUUUUUUUCUACUUUUGACUUUUAGAAUUUAUUCUUGUAUCAAAGUGAAAAAUACAAGUUUUAUGCAAAUGACUCAGGUCAUAGCAUAAAUUGCUGUUACUUUCUUUGCAAUUUAUCACUAAUUUUUUUCUUCCAGAAAGGUACCAUUCUUUUCUUUAGUGCUGUGAAGUGUGAAUUCUAUUUAAUAUGCUAAAUGUUUCAAUAUUUUAACUGUUAGUGUUGUUGAGCUUAAGGCACUGGAGUUGGUGGGCUUUGGAGGAGUUUAUGUAGGAAGAAAUAAUUUGCACUUUAAUUACAUGUGCAGAUGGUUUAAGACACUUGGUUACACAUGUCCUUGAAUCAUGGAACAAAGCUCUUUUUGCAAAAACUUAUUUCUCCAGCCCAGAUGCAACUAGAGUGAAAUUGUAACGCUUGCACAUUUGAUUUUUACCUCCACUGCAGCCUUCUUGAGGUAACACCAAAUCAACGUGACACCCAAACAUUUGGAAUACAUUCAUCCAUAGUUAUUCCCACUGUGUAACUUCAUUUCCCUAAGCGGCAGGUAGGCAGGGGAAUGGUGACGAGGUUACCCCCACAGCAGUGUUGAGGACAGCCUCUGAGGUUACCCUCACAGAGGACAAUUAGGCUGCACUUCAAAGCUCCRAGGUGGUUUUGCACUUUUGAUUGUGCUACCACUAAUGUGCAUCAGUAUUUCCCCAAUGAUGGUGUUCUCCUUUCUAUCCAGACUGUGAGGUUUGAGGGAAACAGGGUGGUUUCUGUCAAGUUUUAAACUAUUUAUGCUUUUUUUWAAAAAAACACAACUGUUUAAGUGUCCUUUGCUGUUGACCUCCCAGGUUAUAACUGCAGGCYAAUUCUGUAAAAGCAACCUAAUUGUGUAAGUUUUUCAAGGCUGCACCUAUGUGCUCAAAGAAGUAGAUUUGGACCACGUAUACCAGUGAAAUGAACAUACAUGGGUUUGCUUAUUUGGACCCCAAUUUUAUGUAUGGUUAUAUGAAAAAUAGCUUUCUGAAAACUGCUCUGCAAUGUAACAAGCUGGAGGUUGUGUUUUAUGUUCAUGAAGGUGUUUUUUUUAAUUGUGUGACUAAUUUAUGUUUUUUUGGGAGAGGGUGGAAGUUCURUUCAGAGGUGUAGAAAUAGAGGAUUCAGUAUUAAUUUAGCUUAGAUUGCCCUCCAUUUAGAAAGAGUGGCCAGCAAUUUCAGGUUUGUGAGCUUGAGUUUUACUAAAUCUGUAUGGGAACACCUAAUCACACAUGGUUCAACCUGGUUGCCACAUCAUGGAUUUCAUACUGACUUCAGGAACAUGGUAGAAAAUACUAACAARUAGUUUCACAAAUGGCUGGAUACCUUGCACCGUUUUGUUAGAUUAACCUGCCACUCUGGAGUUGGAAUCCUGAAGUUACCAUGUGAACUGCAGUUUUACUGUGGCAUUCACAGUGGUUACUAUAAAGACAAAACUAACCCCUUCCAUUCAAGUUUUGCACUGAAGGGUCACAGUUUGCCUAUUUUCCUAUAAAAAGUCAUCCUAUAUUGGUCAUAUUUUCACUAAAACAUGAACUGUACUGCAGGGUUUUGUUCUUUUAAGUUUUUUUUCUCUUGCACAUAAAUUUAAUGUAUUCCUUAAUAUUUGAAUGGAAUUUGUUAUUGAAUGGCAUCAUGGCAUGGAAAAUAAUUAUAUUUUGAGGUGUAAAACUGAAGAUUAGGCUCCAAAACAAAGAUCAUAGUUGAUUGUUAACGUUUUCUACUGAAAAUAUUAACAGAGUUGCACUAUGGAUGUACAGUGAACUAGAACUCAGUGCUUGCAGCUAACGUUUAAAGUUCACUUGCACURAAGUGCUUGUUAGUCAAAACCUUUUUUCUUCCCAGAAACUACUGACUCCAGCAAUGCUCAUGUGAAAGCUAAAAUAUGGGUGCUGUUAAUUCAGUUGUUUACAGAAAUUUAAUUUGUGCAUACAUCAAAGUGUGCCUAAUAUUUUAAUUAAAAAUAUUCCUUUUGAAGUUAUUUACCAACUACCAUAAAUGUUGGCAUUGUUCAAUAUAAUUUGGGUUGUGAUUUGUACAGAUAAGCAGUGCAGUUCAAAAUUUACCAGAAAUAACUUUAAAUUGACUAACACUUACAAUUUAGAGCUAUUUGGCAACUUGGUGACACCAUUUUAUUUGUGCUUUAGGGACCAGAGGAACAUGGAAGUUAGUUCUCUUGCUGCUCAUUCUAAAUACCUGAAGUGUUUUCUUUGGGAGUUUCUGCAUGUUUGUUUUCCUCAGUGGACAGYGGGUUGCAGUGGAGGAGGAAUGUGGAAUUUACAGGAAUAUUUAAACCUCUCUGUAAACAGUACGGUGGCAAUAGCAGGAGUUUUGUAGUAUUUGCCUUUGAUGCAAGAAGAAUAUC